AUGAGGUCAAUCGUCUUUACCUCGCUGUUCGCAGCGUUUGCGACUUGCACACCAACGGAGGUGGAGGCUGAUGUCGUUUCGUACGAUGGUUAUAAGGUCUUUCGGGUGACAACACACGGGCAGACGGCAUCUGUGCAGGAAACCCUGUCUGCACUACCGCAUGACGAGUGGGCUCACGACAUAGAUCAUGUCGAUAUUGCCAUCUCUCCGGACCAGGUCGAGGCAUUUACCGCCCUUGGACUAGACUACCAUGUCAUGCAUGAGAACCUGGGUAACUCUAUUGCGUUAGAAGCAGCCUCUACAACUUCCUGGAAGCGACAAGCAGAUGAUCCAUCCUGGUUCAGCAGCUACCACAGUUACCAAGAUCAUAUCGAGUAUUUCGAAGACCUGCAAGCAACAUUCCCAAACAACUCAGAGCUGAUAACAUCUGGAACAUCAUACCAAAACAGGACUAUUUACGGGCUUCAUCUAUAUGGCGAUGGUGGCCCUGGAAAGCCAGCAGUACUAUACCAUGGAACUGUCCAUGCUCGAGAGUGGAUUGCAGCACCAGUUGUCGAGUACAUAACUCUACAAUUGCUACAAGGCUACGAAACCGGCGACACGAAGACCUUCCUGGACAAGUACGACUUCUAUGUCUUCCCCAUUGUGAACCCAGACGGUUUCGUAUACUCUCAGACGACUAAUAGACUCUGGCGAAAGAACCGCCAGCCACCGCCUGCAGGCCAGACCUGUAUCGGCCGUGACAUUAACAGGAAUUGGGAAUUUGCUUGGAACGCCAAUGGGCAGGGUGCUUCUACCAAUCCUUGCUCGGAGACGUACAAGGGGGUCAAGCCAUCAGAUGCCCCGGAGAAUGCCAGUCUGGAUGGCUUCCUUCGCAAACUCCGUGACAGUGUCGGAAUAAAACUGUAUAUUGAUUGGCACAGUUAUGGUCAGUACAUCCUAUCACCGUACGGAUACAGUGAAGACGUGCUUGCUCCCGAGCUCAGCAAGUGGACCGCAACCUCCUCUCAAGUGAGUAACGCUAUUCGCGAUAGCUCCUCAAGGCGCACAACUUUCACCUACGGACCAAGCGGUGCCACUCUCUACAUUACCACUGGCUCUGCACCUGACCACGUCUACUCAAUUGGUGGUGCCGACUACUCCUAUACAAUUGAGCUACCGGACACGGGCGAUUACGGCUUCGUUUUGCCCCCGGCACAGAUUCGACCCACUGCUGAGGAACUGUGGGCAGGACAGAAGGUUCUCCUCGGUCUUUUGGAGCAGUAG